GCUGCUGUGGCGCGGCGAGCACCGCGCGGUUCCGAAAUCGGUCACAAUCCUUGGUUUCGAGGUGUCCGGGAACAUUCUGGAGAUGGGCGGACUGGCACACGAGCGAACAGGCUAUCAGAUAACCGAGGAGGUCGUCGUGCACAAUUAUCCCGUCUGUGGCGGUCUGGCCGAAAGCUGUCUGGCUCAUUACAGAAUUAAUGAGACGAGUGUGCGCGAAGAACGCGGCGGCCGUCACGGACGAUUAUUUCUCGGCGUUGCUAACGAUGGGCCGUCGGGCUCGCCUUCAGACGGGCGAGUACUUUCUCAUCAACGCCGAGCGUUCGAGUUCUGCCCUGGCUGUCAUCGAUCUUGCCGCCGGAGUGUUCGGAGCGAAGCCAAUUGCUGUGUGCAGCGACGCCAGACAAGCUAAGCUGUAUACGGAUCUUGGCGCAGCGGUGAUACGCAAUGGCAACAGACAACGUUUGCCGUGCGAAGUAAAAGAAAUCAGCGGCAAGGAAGAAGUGCGCGUGAUAAUCGACACCGAGAACGGAUCGAGCUUUCGAAGCAUCAUCGAAUGUUUGGAGACUGACGGUCUGGUUGCUUUUCUCGGUUCCGCUCGGAACAGGCGAUGUUCCAAGUUUUAUCCCGCGUUGUCGAAUUACACGGUGUUCGCGGUCUCCGCGGAACAUUACAAAGUUGCCGACACGUUGGUGUACAGAGAAACUAUCGAACAUCUAUUGGAUUAUCAGUCGGAAUGCGCAAUUCGUCCUCGCAUCUCCGCAAUUUUCGGCCUGCAUCGUAUUAACGACGCGUUCGAAUACUGCACUACACUGCCAAGUGGAAAAGUAUUGAUUGAUAUGAAGGAUCGCGAUAGACUGACUAUAUUUGACGUGUGUGAUAACAAUGGAUUGUAA